AUGUUUCUAGCGGCUGUCAUUAACGUCUACCUCUACGUUGCACGCUGGUAUGACAUAUGGACGGGGAGACCGAGCGGCAGGGUAAAAGACUUGCCCUUUGGUCUUGUUCUCAAAAUCACCAACGACCCUAGCACCGCGCAUGAGGGCCACAUCAUCAACUUCAUCCGAGAACACACAUCUAUCCCCGUUCCCCAUGUCGUGGCUGCGAUUGCGUGGUAUGACCGAAGAUUUGUGCUCAUGAAGAGGGUACACGGCGAUAACUUGCAGGCAGUAUGGCGUCAUCUCGAUACUGAGCAGCGCGCAAACAUCGUCGAACAGCUACGCUCAUUCGUCCUCCAGCUUCGGGCUCUAAAAUCUUCCCAUGGGCCAGCCGUAUGCGGUCUGAACGGCGCUGCUACAAUAGACAGUCGCGUAUCCUCGUACCCGAUCGGACCCUUUGCCGACGAAAGCGCAUUCAACGACGGUCUCAUCGAUGCAGCAGAGCCAUAUCUAUGCGAGGAGAUCCUUGCAGACGUCCGCUCUCGGAUGCGCGACGACCACCAAAUUAUGUUCACCCACGCCGACCUUGCACCUCGCAAUAUCCUCGUGCGUGGUGGAACGAUUGUGGCUGUGGUAGAUUGGGAGGAAGCUGGGUGGUACCCGGAGCAUUGGGAGUUCGUCAGGGCCAUGUACUUCCCAAUGGCGCGUCCACGAGAUGAGGCAUGGAUGCGGGCCAUUCGGGAUUUCAUCCCGGAAGACUAUGAGAAAGACUGGCUGGUGGAUUGCGAGCUGUCCUCCCGCAUGGUAGGCGCGUUUUAA